AUGGUCCAUUUGGUCAACCAGCCUUUGGCGCGCUCUCGGACCAAGGCGCGCGCCCGGACCAAGGCGCGCGCCCGGACCAAGGCGCGCGCCCGGACCAAGGCGCGCGCCCGGACCAAGGCGCGCGCCCGGACCAAGGCGCGCGCCCGGACCAAGGCGCGCGCCCGGACCAAGGCGCGCUCCCGGACCAAGGCGCGCGCCCGGACCAAGGCGCGCGCCCGGACCAAGGCGCGCGCCCGGACCAAGGCGCGCGCCCGGACCAAGGCGCGCGCCCGGACCAAGGCGCGCGCCCGGACCAAGGCGCGCGCCCGGACCAAGGCGCGCGCCCGGACCAAGGCGCGCGCCCGGACCAAGGCGCGCGCCCGGUCCAAGGCGCGCGCCCGGACCAAGGCGCGCGCCCGGACCAAGGCGCGCGCCCGGACCAAGGCGCGCUCCCGGACCAAGGCGCGCUCCCGGACCAAGGCGCGCGCCCGGACCAAGGCGCGCUCCCGGACCAAGGCGCGCGCCCGGACCAAGGCGCGCUCCCGGACCAAGGCGCGCGCCCGGACCAAGGCGCGCUCCCGGACCAAGGCGCGCUCCCGGACCAAGGCGCGCUCCCGGACCAAGGCGCGCGCCCGGACCAAGGCGCGCGCCCGGACCAAGGCGCGCGCCCGGACCAAGGCGCGCGCCCGGACCAAGGCGCGCGCCCGGACCAAGGCGCGCGCCCGGACCAAGGCGCGCGCCCGGACCAAGGCGCGCGCCCGGACCAAGGCGCGCGCCGGGACCAAGGCGCGCGCCCGGACCAAGGCGCGCGCCCGGACCAAGGCGCGCUCCCGGACCAAGGCGCGCUCCCGGACCAAGGCGCGCUCCCAAGGCGCGCUCCCGGACCAAGGCGCGCGCCCGGACCAAGGCGCGCGCCCGGACCAAGGCGCGCGCCCGGACCAAGGCGCGCGCCCGGACCAAGGCGCGCGCCCGGACCAAGGCGCGCGCCCGGACCAAGGCGCGCGCCCGGACCAAGGCGCGCGCCCGGACCAAGGCGCGCGCCCGGACCAAGGCGCGCGCCCGGACCAAGGCGCGCGCCCGGUCCAAGGCGCGCGCCCGGACCAAGGCGCGCGCCCGGACCAAGGCGCGCGCCCGGACCAAGGCGCGCGCCCGGACCAAGGCGCGCUCCCGGACCAAGGCGCGCUCCCGGACCAAGGCGCGCGCCCGGACCAAGGCGCGCUCCCGGACGAAGGCGCGCUCCCGGACCAAGGCGCGCUCCCGGACCAAGGCGCGCGCCCGGACCAAGGCGCGCUCCCGGACCAAGGCGCGCGCCCGGACCAAGGCGCGCGCCCGGACCAAGGCGCGCGCCCGGGCCAAGGCGCGCGCCCGGACCAAGGCGCGCGCCCGGACCAAGGCGCGCGCCCGGACCAAGGCGCGCGCCCGGACCAAGGCGCGCGCCCGGACCAAGGCGCGCGCCCGGACCAAGGCGCGCGCCCGGACCAAGGCGCGCUCCCGGACCAAGGCGCGCUCCCGGACCAAGGCGCGCGCCCGGACCAAGGCGCGCUCCCGGACAGAGGCGCGCUCCCGGACCAAGGCGCGCGCCCGGACGAAGGCGCGCGCCCAGACGAAGGCGCGCGCCCGGACGAAGGCGCGCGCCCGGACCAAGGCGCGCGCCCGGACCAAGGCGCGCUCCCGGACCAAGGCGCGCUCCCGGACCAAGGCGCGCUCCCGGACCAAGGCGCGCUCCCGGACCAAGGCGCGCUCCCGGACCAAGGCGCGCUCCCGGACCAAGGCGCGCGCCCGGACCAAGGCGCGCUCCCGGACCAAGGCGCGCUCCCGGACCAAGGCGCGCGCCCGGACCAAGGCGCGCUCCCGGACCAAGGCGCGCGCCCGGACCAAGGCGCGCUCCCGGACCAAGGCGCGCGCCCGGACCAAGGCGCGCGCCCGGACCAAGGCGCGCGCCCGGACCAAGGCGCGCGCCCGGACCAAGGCGCGCGCCCGGACCAAGGCGCGCUCCCGGACCAAGGCGCGCUCCCGGACAGAGGCGCGCUCCCGGACCAAGGCGCGCGCCCGGACGAAGGCGCGCGCCCGGACGAAGGCGCGCGCCCGGACCAAGGCGCGCGCCCGGACCAAGGCGCGCGCCCGGACCAAGGCGCGCGCCCGGACCAAGGCGCGCUCUCGGACCAAGGCGCGAGCCCGGACCAAGGCGCGCGCCCGGACCAAGGCGCGCGCCCGGACCAAGGCGCGCGCCCGGACCAAGGCGCGCUCCCGGACCAAGGCGCGCUCCCGGACCAAGGCGCGCGCCCGGACCAAGGCGCGCGCCCGGACCAAGGCGCGCGCCCGGACCAAGGCGCGCUCCCGGACCAAGGCGCGCUCCCGGACCAAGGCGCGCUCCCGGACCAAGGCGCGCGCCGGGACCAAGGCGCGCGCCCGGACCAGGGCGCGCUCCCGGGCCAGGGCGCGCGCCCGGACCAAGGCGCGCUCCCGGACCAAGGCGCGCGCCCGGACCAAGGCGCGCGCCCGGACCAAGGCGCGCGCCCGGACCAAGGCGCGCGCCCGGACCAAGGCGCGCGCCCGGACCAAGGCGCGCGCCCGGACCAAGGCGCGCGCCCGGACCAAGGCGCGCUCCCGGACCAAGGCGCGCUCCCGGACCAAGGCGCGCUCCCGGACCAAGGCGCGCUCCCGGACCAAGGCGCGCUCCCGGACCAAGGCGCGCUCCCGGACCAAGGCGCGCUCUCGGACCAAGGCGCGAGCCCGGACCAAGAGGCGCGCCCGGACGAAGGCGCGCGCCCGGACCAAGGCGCGCGCCCGGACCAAGGCGCGCGCCCGGACCAAGGCGCGCGCCCGGACCAAGGCGCGCGCCCCGGACCAAGGCGCGCGCCCGGAUCAAGGCGCGCGCCCCGGACCAAGGCGCGCGCCCGGACCAAGGCGCGCUCCCGGACCAAGGCGCGCCCGGACCAAGGCGCGCGCCCGGACCAAGGCGCGCUCCCGGACCAAGGCGCGCUCCCGGACCAAGGCGCGCGCCCGGACCAAGGCGCGCGCCCGGUCCAAGGCGCGCGCCCGGACCAAGGCGCGCGCCCGGACCAAGGCGCGCGCCCGGACCAAGGCGCGCUCCUGGACCAAGGCGCGCUCCCGGACCAAGGCGCGCUCCCGGACCAAGGCGCGCGCCCGGACCAAGGCGCGCUCCCGGACCAAGGCGCGCGCCCGGACCAAGGCGCGCUCCCGGACCAAGGCGCGCUCCCGGACCAAGGCGCGCUCCCGGACCAAGGCGCGCUCCCGGACCAAGGCGCGCGCCCGACCAAGGCGCGCGCCCGGACCAAGGCGCGCUCCCGGACCAAGGCGCGCUCCCGGACCAAGGCGCGCGCCCGGACCAAGGCGCGCGCCCGGACCAAGGCGCGCGCCCGGACCAAGGCGCGCGCCCGGACCAAGGCGCGCGCCCGGACCAAGGCGCGCGCCCGGACCAAGGCGCGCGCCCGGACCAAGGCGCGCUCCCGGACCAAGGCGCGCUCCCGGACCAAGGCGCGCUCCCGGACCAAGGCGCGCGCCCGGACCAAGGCGCGCGCCCGGACCAAGGCGCGCUCCCGGACCAAGGCGCGCUCCCGGACCAAGGCGCGCUCCCGGACCAAGGCGCGCUCCCGGACCAAGGCGCGCUCCCGGACCAAGGCGCGCUCCCGGACCAAGGCGCGCGCCCGGACCAAGGCGCGCGCCCGGACCAAGGCGCGCGCCCGGACCAAGGCGCGCGCCCGGACCAAGGCGCGCUCCCGGACCAAGGCGCGCUCCCGGACCAAGGCGCGCUCCCGGACCAAGGCGCGCUCCCGGACCAAGGCGCGCUCCCGGACCAAGGCGCGCGCACGGACCAAUGCGCGCGCCCGGACCAAGGCGCGCGCCCGGACCAAGGCGCGCGCCCGGACCAAGGCGCGCUCCCGGACCAAGGCGCGCUCCCGGACCAAGGCGCGCUCCCGGACCAAGGCGCGCUCCCGGACCAAGGCGCGCCCCAGGACCAAGGCGCGCUCCCGGACCAAGGCGCGCUCCCGGACGAAGGCGCGCCCCAGGACCAAGGCGCGCGCCCGGACCAAGGCGCGCUCCCGGACCAAGGCGCGCGCCCGGACCAAGGCGCGCUCCCGGACCAAGGCGCGCGCCCGGACCAAGGCGCGCGCCCGGACCAAGGCGCGCCCCCGGACCAAGGCGCGCGCCCGGACCAAGGCGCGCGCCCCGACCAAGGCGCGCGCCCGGACCAAGGCGCGCGCCCGGACCAAGGCGCGCUCCCGGACCAAGGCGCGCUCCCGGACCAAGGCGCGCUCCCGGACCAAGGCGCGCUCCCGGACCAAGGCGCGCACCCGGACCAAGGCGCGCGCCCGGACCAAGGCGCGCGCCCGGACCAAGGCGCGCGCCCGGACUAAGGCGCGCGCCCGGACCAAGGCGCGCUCCCGGACCAAGGCGCGCGCCCGGACCAAGGCGCGCUCCCGGACCAAGGCGCGCGCCCGGACCAAGGCGCGCUCCCGGACCAAGGCGCGCGCCCGGACCAAGGCGCGCUCCCGGACCAAGGCGCGCGCCCGGACCAAGGCGCGCGCCCGGACCAAGGCGCGCGCCCCGACCAAGGCGCGCGCCCGGACCAAGGCGCGCGCCGGACCAAGGCGCGCUCCCGGACCAAGGCGCGCGCCCGGACCAAGGCGCGCGCCCGGACCAAGGCGCGCGCCCGGACCAAGGCGCGCGCCCGGACCAAGGCGCGCGCCCGGACCAAGGCGCGCGCCCGGACCAAGGCGCGCUCCCGGACCAAGGCGCGCUCCCGGACCAAGGCGCGCUCCCGGACCAAGGCGCGCUCCCGGACCAAGGCGCGCUCCCGGACCAAGGCGCGCUCCCGGACCAAGGCGCGCUCUCGGACCAAGGCGCGAGCCCGGACCAAGAGGCGCGCCCGGACGAAGGCGCGCGCCCGGACCAAGGCGCGCGCCCGGACCAAGGCGCGCGCCCGGACCAAGGCGCGCGCCCGGACCAAGGCGCGCGCCCCGGACCAAGGCGCGCGCCCGGAUCAAGGCGCGCGCCCCGGACCAAGGCGCGCGCCCGGACCAAGGCGCGCUCCCGGACCAAGGCGCGCCCGGACCAAGGCGCGCGCCCGGACCAAGGCGCGCUCCCGGACCAAGGCGCGCUCCCGGACCAAGGCGCGCGCCCGGACCAAGGCGCGCGCCCGGCGCGCGCCCGGACCAAGGCGCGCUCCCGGACCAAGGCGCGCGCCCGGACCAAGGCGCGCUCCCGGACCAAGGCGCGCGCCCGGACCAAGGCGCGCUCCCGGACCAAGGCGCGCGCCCGGACCAAGGCGCGCUCCCGGACCAAGGCGCGCGCCCGGACCAAGGCGCGCGCCCGGACCAAGGCGCGCGCCCCGACCAAGGCGCGCGCCCGGACCAAGGCGCGCGCCGGACCAAGGCGCGCUCCCGGACCAAGGCGCGCGCCCGGACCAAGGCGCGCUCUCGGACCAAGGCGCGCUCCCGGACAGAGGCGCGCUCCCGGACAGAGGCGCGCUCCCGGACCAAGGCGCGCGCCCGGACGAAGGCGCGCGCCCAGACCAAGGCGCGCGCCCGGACCAAGGCGCGCGCCCGGACCAAGGCGCGCGCCCGGACCAAGGCGCGCGCCCGGACCAAGGCGCGCGCCCGGACCAAGGCGCGCGCCCGGACCAAGGCGCGCUCUCGGACCAAGGCGCGAGCCCGGACCAAAGCGCGCGCCCGGACCAAGGCGCGCGCCCGGACCAAGGCGCGCGCCCGGACCAAGGCGCGCUCCCGGACCAAGGCGCGCUCCCGGACCAAGGCGCGCGCCCGGACCAAGGCGCGCGCCCGGACCAAGGCGCGCGCCCGGACCAAGGCGCGCUCCCGGACCAAGGCGCGCUUUCGGACCAAGGCGCGCUCCCGGACCAAGGCGCGCGCCGGGACCAAGGCGCGCGCCCGGACCAGGGCGCGCUCCCGGGCCAGGGCGCGCGCCCGGACCAAGGCGCGCUCCCGGACCAAGGCGCGCGCCCGGACCAAGGCGCGCGCCCGGACCAAGGCGCGCGCCCGGACCAAGGCGCGCGCCCGGACCAAGGCGCGCGCCCGGACCAAGGCGCGCGCCCGGACCAAGGCGCGCGCCCGGACCAAGGCGCGCUCCCGGACCAAGGCGCGCUCCCGGACCAAGGCGCGCUCCCGGACCAAGGCGCGCUCUCGGACCAAGGCGCGAGCCCGGACCAAGAGGCGCGCCCGGACGAAGGCGCGCGCCCGGACCAAGGCGCGCGCCCGGACCAAGGCGCGCGCCCGGACCAAGGCGCGCGCCCGGACCAAGGCGCGCGCCCCGGACCAAGGCGCGCGCCCUGAUCAAGGCGCGCGCCCCGGACCAAGGGGCGCGCCCGGACCAAGGCGCGCUCCCGGACCAAGGCGCGCCCGGACCAAGGCGCGCGCCCGGACCAAGGCGCGCUCCCGGACCAAGGCGCGCUCCCGGACCAAGGCGCGCGCCCGGACCAAGGCGCGCGCCCGGACCAAGGCGCGCGCCCGGACCAAGGCGCGCGCCCGGACCAAGGCGCGCUCUCGGACCAAGGCGCGAGCCCAGACAAAGGCGCGCGCCCGGACCAAGGCGCGCGCCCGGACCAAGGCGCGCGCCCGGACCAAGGCGCGCGCCCGGACCAAGGCGCGCUCCCGGACCAAGGCGCGCUCUCGGACCAAGGCGCGAGCCCGGACAAAGGCGCGCGCCCGGACCAAGGCGCGCGCCCGGACAGGCGCGCGCCCGGACCAAGGCGCGCGCCCGGACCAAGGCGCGCGCCCGGACCAAGGCGCGCGCCCGGACCAAGGCGCGCUCCCGGACCAAGGCGCGCUCCCGGACCAAGGCGCGCGCCCGGACCAAGGCGCGCUCCCGGACCAAGGCGCGCGCCCGGACCAAGGCGCGCUCCCGGAACAAGGCGCGCGCCCGGACCAAGGCGCGCUCCCGGACCAAGGCGCGCUCCCGGACCAAGGCGCGCUCCCGGACCAAGGCGCGCGCCCGGACCAAGGCGCGCGCCCGGACCAAGGCGCGCGCCCGGACCAAGGCGCGCGCCCGGACCAAGGCGCGCGCCCGGACCAAGGCGCGCGCCGGGACCAAGGCGCGCGCCCGGACCAAGGCGCGCGCCCGGACCAAGGCGCGCUCCCGGACCAAGGCGCGCUCCCGGACCAAGGCGCGCUCCCGGACCAAGGCGCGCUCCCGGACCAAGGCGCGCGCCCGGACCAAGGCGCGCGCCCGGACCAAGGCGCGCGCCCGGACCAAGGCGCGCGCCCGGACCAAGGCGCGCACCCGGACCAAGGCGCGCGCCCGGACCAAGGCGCGCGCCCGGACCAAGGCGCGCGCCCGGACCAAGGCGCGCGCCCGGAACAAGGCGCGCGCCCGGACCAAGGCGCGCGCCCGGACCAAGGCGCGCGCCCGGACCAAGGCGCGCGCCCGGUCCAAGGCGCGCGCCCGGACCAAGGCGCGCGCCCGGACCAAGGCGCGCGCCCGGACCAAGGCGCGCGCCCGGACCAAGGCGCGCGCCCGGACCAAGGCGCGCUCCCGGACCAAGGCGCGCGCCCGGACCAAGGCGCGCUCUCGGACCAAGGCGCGCUCCCGGACAGAGGCGCGCUCCCGGACCAAGGCGCGCGCCCGGACGAAGGCGCGCGCCCAGACGAAGGCGCGCGCCCGGACCAAGGCGCGCGCCCGGACCAAGGCGCGCGCCCAGACCAAGGCGCGCUCCCGGACCAAGGCGCGCGCCCGGACCAAGGCGCGCUCCCGGACCAAGGCGCGCUCCCGGACCAAGGCGCGCUCCCGGACCAAGGCGCGCGCCCGGACCAAGGCGCGCGCCCGGACCAAGGCGCGCUCCCGGACCAAGGCGCGCGCCCGGACCAAGGCGCGCGCCCGGACCAAGGCGCGCGCCCGGGCCAAGGCGCGCGCCCGGACCAAGGCGCGCGCCCGGACCAAGGCGCGCGCCGGGACCAAGGCGCGCGCCCGGACCAAGGCGCGCUCCCGGACCAAGGCGCGCUCCCGGACCAAGGCGCGCUCCCGGACCAAGGCGCGCUCCCGGACCAAGGCGCGCGCCCGGACCAAGGCGCGCUCCCGGACCAAGGCGCGCUCCCGGACCAAGGCGCGCUCCCGGACCAAGGCGCGCUCCCGGACCAAGGCGCGCGCCCGGACCAAGGCGCGCGCCCGGACCAAGGCGCGCUCCCGGACCAAGGCGCGCGCCCGGACCAAGGCGCGCUCCCGGACCAAGGCGCGCUCCCGGACCAAGGCGCGCUCCCGGACCAAGGCGCGCUCCCGGACCAAGGCGCGCUCCCGGACCAAGGCGCGCUCCCGGACCAAGGCGCGCGCCCGGACCAAGGCGCGCUCCCGGACCAAGGCGCGCGCCCGGACCAAGGCGCGCGCCCGGACCAAGGCGCGCGCCCGGACCAAGGCGCGCGCCCGGACCAAGGCGCGCGCCCGGACCAAGGCGCGCGCCCGGACCAAGGCGCGCUCCCGGACCAAGGCGCGCGCCCGGACCAAGGCGCGCUCUCGGACCAAGGCGCGCUCCCGGACAGAGGCGCGCUCCCGGACCAAGGCGCGCGCCCGGACGAAGGCGCGCGCCCAGACGAAGGCGCGCGCCCGGACCAAGGCGCGCGCCCGGACCAAGGCGCGCGCCCAGACCAAGGCGCGCGCCCGGACCAAGGCGCGCGCCCGGACCAAGGCGCGCUCUCGGACCAAGGCGCGAGCCCGGACCAAAGCGCGCGCCCGGACCAAGGCGCGCGCCCGGACCAAGGCGCGCGCCCGGACCAAGGCGCGCUCCCGGACCAAGGCGCGCUCCCGGACCAAGGCGCGCGCCCGGACCAAGGCGCGCGCCCGGACCAAGGCGCGCGCCCGGACCAAGGCGCGCUCCCGGACCAAGGCGCGCUCCCGGACCAAGGCGCGGCGCGCGCCCGGACCAAGGCGCGCUCCCGGACCAAGGCGCGCGCCCGGACCAAGGCGCGCGCCCGGACCAAGGCGCGCGCUCGGACCAAGGCGCGCGCCCGGACCAAGGCGCGCGCCCGGACCAAGGCGCGCGCCCGGACCAAGGCGCGCGCCCGGACCAAGGCGCGCUCCCGGACCAAGGCGCGCUCCCGGACCAAGGCGCGCUCCCGGACCAAGGCGCGCUCCCGGACCAAGGCGCGCUCCCGGACCAAGACGCGCUCCCGGACCAAGGCGCGCUCUCGGACCAAGGCGCGAGCCCGGACCAAGAGGCGCGCCCGGACGAAGGCGCGCGCCCGGACCAAGGCGCGCGCCCGGACCAAGGCGCGCGCCCGGACCAAGGCGCGCGCCCGGACCAAGGCGCGCGCCCCGGACCAAGGCGCGCGCCCUGAUCAAGGCGCGCGCCCCGGACCAAGGCGCGCGCCCGGACCAAGGCGCGCUCCCGGACCAAGGCGCGCCCGGACCAAGGCGCGCGCCCGGACCAAGGCGCGCUCCCGGACCAAGGCGCGCUCCCGGACCAAGGCGCGCGCCCGGACCAAGGCGCGCGCCCGGUCCAAGGCGCGCGCCCGGACCAAGGCGCGCGCCCGGACCAAGGCGCGCGCCCGGACCAAGGCGCGCUCCUGGACCAAGGCGCGCUCCCGGACCAAGGCGCGCUCCCGGACCAAGGCGCGCGCCCGGACCAAGGCGCGCUCCCGGACCAAGGCGCGCGCCCGGACCAAGGCGCGCUCCCGGACCAAGGCGCGCUCCCGGACCAAGGCGCGCGCCCGGACCAAGGCGCGCGCCCGGACCAAGGCGCCCGCUCGGACCAAGGCGCGCGCCCGGACCAAGGCGCGCUCCCGGACCAAGGCGCGCGCCCGGACCAAGGCGCGCGCCCGGACCAAGGCGCGCUCCCGGACCAAGGCGCGCGCCCGGACCAAGGCGCGCGCCCGGACCAAGGCGCGCGCCCGGACCAAGGCGCGCUCCCGAACCAAGGCGCGCUCCCGGACCAAGGCGCGCGCCCGGACCAAGGCGCGCUCCCGGACCAAGGGGCGCUCCCGGACCAAGGCGCGCUCCCGGACCAAGGCGCGCGCCCGGACCAAGGCGCGCGCCCGGACCAAGGCGCGCGCCCGGACCAAGGCGCGCGCCCGGACCAAGGCGCGCUCCCGGACCAAGGCGCGCGCCCGGACCAAGGCGCGCGCCCGGACCAAGGCGCGCUCCCGGACCAAGGCGCGCGCCCGGACCAAGGCGCGCGCCCGGACCAAGGCGCGCGCCCGGACCAAGGCGCGCGCCCGGACCAAGGCGCGCGCCCGGACCAAGGCGCGCUCCCGGACCAAGGCAAAUGCCCGGACCAAGGCGCGCGCCCGGACCAAGGCGCGCGCCCGGACCAAGGCGCGCUCCCGGACCAAGGCGCGCUCCCGAACCAAGGCGCGCGCCCGGACCAAGGCGCGCUCCCGGACCAAGGCGCGCUCCCGUACCAAGGCGCGCUCCCGGACCAAGGCGCGCGCCCGGACCAAGGCGCGCGCCCGGACCAAGGCGCGCGCCCGGACCAAGGCGCGCUCCCGGACCAAGGCGCGCUCCCGGACCAAGGCGCGCGCCCGGACCAAGGCGCGCUCCCGGACCAAGGCGCGCACCCGGACCAAGGCGCGCUCCCGGACCAAGGCGCGCUCCCGGACCAAGGCGCGCGCCCGGACCACGGCGCGCGCCCGGACCAAGGCGCGCGCCCGGACCAAGGCGCGCUCCCGGACCAAGGCGCGCUCCCGGACCAAGGCGCGCGCCCGGACCAAGGCGCGCUCCCGGACCAAGGCGCGCUCCCUCACCAAGGCGCGCGCCCGGACCAAGGCGCGCGCCCGGACCAAGGCGCGCGCCCGGACCAAGGCGCGCGCCCGGACCAAGGCGCGCGCCCGGACCAAGGCGCGCGCCCGGACCAAGGCGCGCUCCCGGACCAAGGCGCGCUCCCGGACCAAGGCGCGCGCCCGGACCAAGGCGCCCGCUCGGACCAAGGCGCGCGCCCGGACCAAGGCGCGCUCCCGGACCAAGGCGCGCGCCCGGACCAAGGCGCGCGCCCGGACCAAGGCGCGCGCCCCGGACCAAGGCGCGCUCCCGGACCAAGGCGCGCGCCCGGACCAAGGCGCGCUCCCGGACCAAUGCGCGCUCCCGGACCAAGGCGCGCUCCCGGACCAAGGCGCGCCCCCGGACCAAGGCGCGCGCCCGGACCAAGGCGCGCGCCCGGACCAAGGCGCGCGCCCGGACCAAGGCGCGCUCCCGAACCAAGGCGCGCUCCCGGACCAAGGCGCGCGCCCGGACCAAGGCGCGCUCCCGGACCAAGGCGCGCUCCCGGACCAAGGCGCGCGCCCGGACCAAGGCGCGCGCCCGGACCAAGGCGCGCGCCCGGACCAAGGCGCGCGCCCGGACCAAGGCGCGCGCCCGGACCAAGGCGCGCGCCCGGACCAAGGCGCGCGCCCGGACCAAGGCGCGCUCCCGGACCAAGGCGCGCUCCCGGACCAAGGCGCGCGCCCGGACCAAGGCGCGCGCCCGGACCAAGGCGCGCGCCCGGACCAAGGCGCGCGCCCGGACCAAGGCGCGCUCCCGGACCAAGGCGCGCUCCCGGACCAAGGCGCACGCCCGGACCAAGGCGCGCGCCCGGACCAAGGCGCGCUCCCGGACCAAGGCGCGCUCCCGGACCAAGGCGCGCGCCCGGACCAAGGCGCGCGCCCGGACCAAGGCGCGCGCCCGGACCAAGGCGCGCUCCCGGACCAAGGCGCGCGCCCGGACCAAGGCGCGCGCCCGGACCAAGGCGCGCUCCCGGACCAAGGCGCGCUCCCGGACCAAGGCGCGCUCCCGGACCAAGGCGCGCUCCCCGACCAAGGCGCGCUCCCGGACCAAGGCGCGCUCCCGGACCAAGGCGCGCGCCCGGACCAAGGCGCGCGCCCGGACCAAGGCGCGCGCCCGGACCAAGGCGCGCGCCCGGACCAAGGCGCGCGCCCGGACCAAGGCGCGCGCCCGGACCAAGGCGCGCUCCCGGACCAAGGCGCGCUCCCGGACCAAGGCGCGCGCCCGGACCAAGGCGCGCGCCCGGACCAAGGCGCUUUCCCGGACCAAGGCGCGCUCCCGGACCAAGGCGCGCUCCCGGACCAAGGCGCACUCCCUGACCAAGGCGCGCUCCCGGACCAAGGCGCGCUCCCGGACCAAGGCGCGCGCCCGGACCACCAGAAGUUCGCUGGUCUGCCCUCUGGUCUCGACCAAUCUACAUGGGACCCAACCCGGGACCUCGCACUCCCCGUGCCGAUCACAGCCUCGGAUCCCAUGCCUGGCAAGGCCGUGGCUCGGGCGGAGGUUCGGAAGAGGCUGGGGCUGCCAGUGAUAGACUCGGCAUCGGGGUUGGAGCGCGCAGUGGUGGCGUAUGUGUCGCCGCAGAUAGGCGAGGCGGAUGUGGAGCUCAUCAAGGGGGCGCUCGCAUGCUCCCUCGCCUACCAGGCCCAGUUUGUGCUGGUGGGGGCAGCACGCUCGCCCAAGGUGCAGAUGGCCCUUGAGGAGUUGCAGAGGGUGCAGCAGGUGAGGAGAUGGGUGCAGAGCGGUGCAGCAGGGGUGGACCGCAAUGCACACCUGGAGAUCGUGUACGAGGACGACUUGGCACACCUGGCUGUGGCGGCGGCGCAAGUGCUGCUCUGCCCCGCCCUCCGUGACCCCUCCUCACAAAUGCCGGUCAGUGCACCCACCCCACCUUUAGAGACCCCCUCACACAUGCUGGUCAGAGCCUCUCGUCCCUGCUUCCCCUCCUCCCCCUCCAUCCCCAUCCCAUCCGCCCACCCCAUUUGCAUUACGCCCUCCUUUCCACAUCCCACUCGUUUCUCAGUUCUCCUUCCACGUCCUUCAUUCUCGUGUGCCACUGUGCUGGUGGGGGCGCGCUACGGGGCCGUGCCUGUGGCCCGCCAACUGAUGGGAUCACCAGACAGCCUAGUGGACGUGGAUGACCCGCGCCGCGGUGCCUCAGAGGGAGCAGGUUUCUUCUACGCCUCCGACAAGCCGGCUGACGCUGUCAUCGCCCUCACCCGCGCCCUCAAGCUCCUCGUGAGUGCUGCUGUCAGGCCUCCCGCAAGUGGCAUUACUCUUUGA